ACCAAGCCCUGGUCACCGCAAGCUCCCCAAGCAUCGACUACAAUCCUUCGCAUACGAUCGCGGUUCAACUACCACAAAACCACUUACCACACAACAACCACAAACGUAACCGCCAAUACCUACCAACAUGUCGUCGACUCGCGACUACUCCGUGUCCGACACAUCCUCCAUCAACACCUCUUCGAGUGUCAGCUCCAAGACCCAACUGCUCAAGAAGAAAGUCACAUCGAAGUUCAAGUCAAGUCCGGCAGACUCUCGUUCGCCCGGAGAGAAGCAAGCCGAUCGAAGGAACGUACGGGUCAGCAACGACACUCUGGCCUUGCUAGCUGCUCUGAGGUAACCUAGGGAGAGAACUGGACGUCUGCAGAACUAGUUCGCGUCGGAGUGCCGUUGCGCAUGGAGCAGGUCAUUGGAACGGUUUUGAACAACAGGCUCGAAGCAUGAUGUCUUGGGAACCACUGGGAUAUUAUCGGGCUUCUUGGAUAGCCGCGAGGACAACAGUCUCGAAAGGGAGAUGGCCGGACGGCAUUUUCGAGGCGCGUG